UCCGGAUUCCCUUCCAGGCUGAGCCGCUGCUGCUCCGCGGGGUGUGUGCGGGGAGAGCCCUUCCCUAGCGCCCCUCUGUGCCCAGCCUGGGGGACUUUCUCCGGGGGCUGGAACCAGCCCCUGGGGCAGCUCCGGGCUCUGCUGACACCAGCCCCUGAGCCGGAGCCUGCAGCAUUGGCCAUAAUAUUCUGCUGGAAUCUGCUGGGUGCUGUACACACAGAGAGACAUACACUGUCCCUGCCUUGAAAAGCCUCCUCAUCCAAUCAGAAAAUAGAAGCAACAACAUGUGACUUGUGUGCUCUAAGAGGGUCUCAGGACCAACCAAGAGUGGGGCCCAUCAUGCUGGGUGCUGUACGAACACAAAGCAGUAGACAGUCCCUCCCUGAAGUAAUGGCUCAUGCCUGGGCUCUCUCUCUGUUCCAGCAGAUGACAGCGCUGUGAGUGAGCACAAAGAGACGAAUAUUUCUACGCAGGCCCCAGGGGUCGAGUGAAAGUAGCAACCUGAAAUGUCACCCAAAAAGUCCAAGGGGAAUGUGGCCAAGACCCUGGAGAAGAAGAAGCCCAAGAACAAGCGUAAGUCAGAGAAGCCAAAGCGCAGCCCCCCGGAGGAGGAGACCCUGGUCUACCAGCCUCUGCCCAAGGGUGACAGACCCAACCUGUGCUCUGAGUGUGGGAAGAGCUUCCUGCACAGCUCGGAUCUGGUGAACCACCAGCGCAUCCACACGGGUGACAAGCCUUUCAUCUGCACUGACUGCGGCAAGAGCUUCCGGCAGAGCUCCACACUCAUCACCCACCAGCGCAUCCACACCGGCGAGACCCCCUACGAGUGCAGCUACUGCGGGAAGAGCUUCCGUGUCAGCUCCAACUUCGUGCGGCACCAGCGCAUCCACACGGGUGAGAAGCCCUACAAGUGCCCCAUCUGCGGGAAGAGCUUCACGGACAAGUCGACCCUGACCCAGCACCAGCGCACCCACACCGGCGAGAAGCCCUACAAAUGCGCUGACUGUGGGAAGAGCUUCAGCCGCAGCUCCCACCGCAAGCGGCACCUGCGGAACCCGCCUGCCAAAGGCCGGAGCAAGUGCUCCCACCGGAGCGGGGAGGCCGCCGUGGCCAAGGCCAAGGAGAUCAAGGUCAAGAAGCGGACACCGACCAUCGAGAUUCCGAACACGUGCGCUGAGUGCUGGCAGAGCUUCAGCCAGAACUCGGACCUGGUCAAACACAUGCGGAUUCACACAGGAGAGAAACCCUUCAAAUGCACUCACUGCGGGAAGCGCUUCAGCGUCAGCUCCAACCUGACCCGGCACCAACGCAUCCACACCGGGGAGAAACCCUACAAGUGCCCCGACUGUGGGAAGAGCUUCACUGACAAAUCCACCCUGACCCAGCACCAGCGCAUCCAUACGGGCGAGAAGCCCUACAUCUGCAUCUACUGUGGGAAGAGCUUCAGCCGCAGCUCCCACCACAAGAGACACGAGAGAACCCACUCCGGGGAGAAGCCCAACAUCUGCAUUGAGUGUGGGAAAAGCUUCACCCAGAGCUCAGACCUUAUGAACCAUCAGAGAACCCACACGGGGGAGAAACCCUAUAAAUGCAUUGACUGCGGGAAGAGCUUCAGCGUCAGCUCAAACCUGAGUCGACACCAGAGAACCCACACGGAGGAGAAGCCCUAUCCCUGCACUGACUGUGGGAAAAGCUUCACAGACAAGUCCACCCUGACCCAACACCAACGCAUCCACACGGGUGAGAAGCCCUAUAAAUGCAUUGACUGUGGGAAGAGCUUCAGCCGCAGCUCCCACCACAAGAGGCAUCUGAAGAGCCCUCCAGAGAAGAGGCUGGACAAAUGCACCCACUGGGAAAGCGCCACUAUUGGGAAGGUGAAAGAAACUAAAGUGUCUAAGAAGAAAUCCCCGACCAUUGAGAUCCCUAACACAUGCGCCGAGUGCUGGCAAAGCUUCAGCCAGAACUCGGACCUGGUCAAACACAUGAGGAUCCACACAGGAGAGAAACCCUACGAGUGUCCCGAUUGCGGAAAAAGAUUCAAUGUCAGUUCAAACCUGAUCAGACACCAGAGGAUCCACACAGGAGAGAAACCCUACACAUGCUCUGACUGCGGGAAAAGCUUCACUGACAAAUCCACUCUGACCCAGCACCACCGGAUCCACACAGGAGAGAAACCCUACAUAUGCACUUACUGCGGGAAAAGCUUCAGCCGCAGCUCCCACCACAAGAGACAUGAGCGAACCCACACCGGGGAAAACCCCGUGUCCUUUCUGCCCUUGUGGCCCUACCCCACCCAGACAUACUGAAAUUAUCCCAUUGGUUCUGGGCAAUGGGAGCUGAGGGCCCAGGAAUUAAGUGGGAGAUUUUUCCCAAGCUCCAGCGUGAUUCAGUAGCACAAUCCCCAUCAGCUUCCAAUAAGACAUAUGGUCCACUGUGCUUGUGUCACUUCUGGGCAUGAGACCUAGGUUCCUAAAUCAGUUAGGUGUUGCAGUGCCGCGUAGAGUUAAGUCUUGACAACUGUAAGAAUUUGGGUCUGAAAUCCCACCCAGAGUGAAGGGAGCUCUGUGAGGGGUUUCAUUAGAGCAUUAGGGAGUAAACUACCCAAAUUCCAUUAGUAUUAUUUGUAUUGUGCUAACGCCUAGCAGCCCCAGUCAUGGACAAGGAACCACAGUGCGAGGCACUGUACAAACACAGAACAGAGAGAUGGUCUCUGCCCCACAGAAUCAACAGGAUCUGGGUGCCUAACUCACUUAGACCCCAUGAACAUCCGGAGUUUCAUAGAGUUGAGGGCCGGAGAGGACAAUUAGAUCAUCUAGUCUGACCUCCUGUAUAUCACAGGCCAUGAAUCUCACUCAAAUACUGCUAUAUCAAGCCUAAUUACUUUAGUUAAACUAAAACCUUUCAAUGCUUAAGAGGCUAAUCUGUUGUGAGCCAGAGUAGAGAACAGGAGAGACCAAGGAGCCACUGCCAUGGCUGGGAAUUGAUUAGAGAGAUGCUGGGAUGAUUCCCAGCAGGCGAUUCACACCCCAUGCUGUGGAGGAAUGCAAAAAACGCCAAGAUCUCUGUACCUGGGGGGAAAUUCUUACCCAAUCCCAAACCUGGUGAUCAAUCUGACCCUGGGCAAGUGAGCAAAACCUACCAGCCAGGCAUCUAGAAAGACAAUUAUCUGAACCACUUCAGAGCACUGGUUUACCUCAUCCUGGGUCUUGUUGCCAAUCUCUGAUGCUUCAGGGAAAGGUGAAAAAGAAACCCAGAUACAUCUGGCCAAUGGUGCAUUGGAAAAAACAUUCCUGUCCUCUGCAGGGGAGCGUCUGAAGCCCUGAAGCAUGAGAUUUGGUUAUUGUCAUUACAUAGUACAGCCAGUGUGCAGGGCAGGGGUGGGAUAAAAAGCCUGUUCUUUGGGGCACAUCUUUCAGCUGGGAGCUACUUCUGAGAAGAAUAUAUUUGAUUUUACAUGAUCAUUGGCCUGUAUGGAUGAGUUGAGGUGGACAGUGGAGCCCUGUUCCCAGCUGGGCUGGUGUGUACAACACGAUUGGAUACCCCAGAACUGGCACUCGCUGGUCCCCUUGCACAGUGUCAGCAGGGAAGGCAAGCACUCAAGAAGCCCAGCAGAUCUGAACUCCCCUGAACCCCAAGGAAGCCCUGUAGACUUCAGCUGGAGCUACGAAAUCAGGGUUCAGGCUGGGUUUAGCCUGCACUUCCGCUACCUGUGGUGAGGAUAUGAAAGGGCUGUUGAGCCCAGCUCCUCUCCCCAGCACUGAUCCCCAUCUCUCGUGCAGUUGGUCAGUUCUAACACACAUCCAGCGGAUCCCCCUGAGUUGAUGCAUUCAGAAAAGGGGGUUUCUCACUCCAGCUUUCCUGUGUAAAUAGCCCCUUCCUCCCAGUUAACUUUGCUGGCUCUCUGCGCUGGUACUUUCAGCCAGUCUGUGACACAUCACCCCAAACUCCAGUUUGUCUUGCCGUCGGAGCUGAACUGCUAAGAUGCUGGAGCCAGGGGACUGGGGAUUCCCCCUUUCUCCAACUGGGAGCAAACUGCUUUGAGGCAGGUCAUAUUCCCUUCAGUCCACCCCACCCACCAGCCUUCGUUACGCUGCUCCCCGUAUCACACCCAGCCCAUUAAUUGACAUCUCUGCCCCAGAACGGGAAGCUGGGUGCUGCCGUGGUUCUGCUCCCCUGGCUCCGACUCCCUGGGCAUCAGUCUCCAGAGUUUGUUCCUCCCCCUCCCCUGGAGCUUGGGUCAGUUGAGGGGACUUACUGCUGCACCAGCAGAGUCCAAGAUCCCAGGGUGUAUGUGUGAGGCUGCUCAAAGCUGGAGCGGCUGCUCCCGGGGAGGCUGGGCACAUGGACUCUCCCAGCUGUGGCAGAGCCUCUCUCUGUUGUAUAUACUACAUGUGUAGUUGCCUAGUAUGUUAAAUGCAUUAUGCUUUAUAGAGAACACAUUCUAUUAAAAAAGCCUCAGGCGCCUUGGAAAAUCCCAGCCUGAGAUUCUGGACCAUUGUGAGAACAACGAACAGGAAUCACUCAAGGAUGAGAUGCUAUGUAAAAUAUCCCCUGUUGUAAUUUUCAGCACUAGCUUGUAGGGAGAGUGGGAUGGUAGCAGAGAGUUGCCAGGGCACAGGGAUAACACCUGUUCAGAACCCUGACUUGUCUGCUCACCUGCUCAGCCCGAAUGCUCCCUUCAUCUAGGUCAGGGGUUGGCAACCUUUCAGAAGUGGUGUGCUGAGUCUUCAUUUAUUCACUGUAAUUUAAGGUUUCGCAUGCCAUUAAUACAUUUUAACAUUUUUAGGUCUCUUUCUAUAAGUCUAUAAUAUUUACCUAAACUAUUGUUGUAUGUAAAGUAAAUAAGGUUUUGAAAAUGUUUAAGAAGCUUAAUUUAAAAUUAAAUUAAAAUGCAGAGCCCCCCAGACCGGUGACCAGGACCCAGGCAGUGUGAGUGCCAUUGAAAAUCAGCUUGCGUGCCACCUUUGGCACACAUGCCAUAGGUUGCCUAUCCCUGAUCUAGGUAUUUUUUAUUUUGCAUAGAUGCCACUGAUGCUAUUCUAGUGACUGCUGACGCUCUGAUUUUUCCUGCUCUGCUGAUGAUCUGUUUGUGUCUGUUGCAGGUGCUAACAUUUGCCUUUUUAAAAAUAUCAUUAAAUGGGAAACUGACUCUCUUA